AAGAUGGCUGCCUUGAAGAAGCACGUGGGUACAUUAGACACAGAAGUUGAGGAAUUACUAAAGAAAUAUCGUGAACUUGAGUUGGAUAAAGAGACAAAUAAGAUAAAAUGUUGUCUAUCUGGACACGAGAUGCCGUCAACCGAGCUAGCCAUCACAACCUACAUCAGUGGUAAAAAAUUCCUGAAAUUAAAGGCACAGAGUGAUUACAACUAUGAUGAACAUGCUGAUCAUCUUGUACCAAGUACCAAAAAAUUUCAUGAGAAGCACCUGUAUUGUAGACUGACUCAGAUUCAUGUUAAUCAUACACCUAAAGAUAUUGAUAGACAUAUUAACGGUAGAAAAUUUAAACGUGCAUUACGAGAAUGGAAAAGGUGUCAAGAAACUGGAGAAAAAUUUAAACCUUUUGGAAAUUUACAGAAACAGCAGCAACAAAAUGACGAGGAUAACAUGUCAGACAAUGACGAGAAAUUUUCAAUGUUUGGUAAUUUACCAACAAAAGGUUCAAAGGUUAAGAAUCCUGUGGCUGUCUCUGCCAGUGCUGUUGGGGAUGGAGGAUUUCUGGAUAUAGAUUCUGAUGACGAUGACAGGCCUGUGAAUGAUGAUGAUGAUUUUUCAGAUUUAUAUCCAGAAGAAGAAGACGGAAAUGAAAAAGAGGAUGAUGGUGGGGGGUCAGAUUUUGAUUUUGAUGAAAUGGAGGUGACACAAAAACAGGCUGUCGAAGAUAAACCUAAAAAACUCAGCAAAACUUUAAAUGGUAAAAAACACAAAUUGCCAUUACCACAGAAGAAAAAAGUGAAACGACUAAAAUCAAGUUGAAUGUUUUUUCUUGUUGAUAUUAAAUGUAUUUGUUUUAUGAAUAAAAUAGUUAAUGUAUCUUGU